AUGUCUCUGUCUUCAUUAAACGCCGCAGGCAAUUUGACACUGAAGGACAUAUCCUCCCGAGUCAAAAAAUCAACCAGGUCCAACCUUGAUGAUCUCUUGGUCAUAGGUAUUGAUUUUGGCACAACAUACUCGGGAGUUUCCUGGGCUACUGUGGUAGAUUUUGAAAAUGACCAGAUCAAACUCAUAACUAAGUGGCCUGGGAAUGGUCGCGAGGAAGGUAAGGCCCCGACUGAGCUUUCUUAUGAGAAUGGAAAGGUGACGUGGGGUUACAACAUCCCCGCUGGAGCCGAAUCGGUCCAAUGGUUCAAGUUGUUGCUUCUACGGGAUGAGGACCUCAAGCCAGAGGUGCGCGAGUCUGAGCCUCUCCUGCGAGCGCGCAAGUAUCUGCGGCGAAAUAAGAAGUCCGCGAUAGACCUCAUCGCCGAUUAUCUACGUGGUUUAUGGAAGCAUACCUUAGAGACUAUCAGCAGGAAUCGUGGCCAGACCGUUCUCAACGCGCUCAGAUUCCACGUCGUCAUCACAGUACCGGCCAUCUGGAAAUCAUAUGCUCGCCGGGAUAUGAAAGCGGCGGCGGAGAAAGCGGGCAUUCUGGACAUCCGGCGUGCCGGCCCCACCACUCUAGAUUUCGCCCCAGAGCCGGAGGCCGCCGCCUUAGCUACUCUCGCAGAACCUGGGCGGUCCGUUGGCACGGGAGACGUCUACGUCAUCUGCGACGCCGGGGGUGGGACCGUUGAUCUGAUUAGUUAUGAGGUCCGCAGCCUGUUCCCAGUAGAGUUGGCCGAAGCUGUCACUGGGCAAGGCGGGCUCUGUGGCGGCAUUUUCAUAGACGAAGCCUUCGAGGAGAUAUGCAAGGACCGGCUUGGCCGGCAGUGGAGCAAGAUCAGUCCAAUGGGCAUUAAAGAAAUUAUGAAGGACUCAUGGGAAUAUGGAAUUAAGCCACAAGUUGGGUUCAAUGAUAACGGCACCACAUACGUGGUUCCCAUACCGCACGAAGCCCAGCAGGGAGGCAGCCUGGACGAUGAUAGCAAGAGGCCUAUCAUCAAGUUUGGGCGAAUGCACUUUACCCACUCUGACGUCCGUCCAGCUUUUACGGAAACAGUCAACCGCAUCCGCAGUCUAGUUGACAGCCAGAUCCGAGGGGUUAAGAGGAAAGGUCUCUCUAUGAAGAAUAUUAUCCUUGUUGGAGGUCUGGGCUGCAGUCCUUAUCUCUUCGAAUGUCUCCAAGCCGCAUACGCAGGUCAGAACAUCGAGGUUCUACAAUCCGAGGGUAUUCGACCCCGAACUGCGAUUUGUCGCGGAGCCGUUUUCAAGGGCUUCUUGGACUUACCACAAACACCCGGAAGCGCAACAGAUACGAUGCAUCUGGCCCACGUCAAGAGUCCCCUCUCGGUUAUAUCUACCGUGGCUAGGCAAAGCAUAGGCAUGAUCUAUUGGGCGGAAUUUACUAAGGGCGUCCAUUCCGAGCUCGAUAAAAUCUGGGACGAAAACGAGGGUAUCUUCAGAGCAGACAACCAAACACGAUGGUACCUCCGAAAGGGUGAAAAUGUCUCCAAGAAGACGCCCGUGAAAGCUACCUGGUAUUACCGUUAUAAGAACGAAUCCGAGUAUACUCGGUUAGUCGGAAUCCGGAUUUGCCAAUGUGAUGAUGAGAAGCCACCUUCACGGGUCACCUCGAGUGUGAAAUCCUCGUAUACGAUCUUCGUCAAACACGAGAUUCGUUUCGAUUCACUUCCGUUCUACUAUGCUCCCAAAAGCGGAAAUAUGCUGCGAGAAUUAAAAGUCGAAAUCGAAAUGGUACCAUCCGGGGCGUCAGUGGAAUUUAAGGUGUAUUACGCGGGCAAGAUGUUGGGAUCACAGAAGGUAGAGAUUCACUCUGGAUAG